AUGAUCGAUCUUUCGUUGUUCGAGAUAAGAAGUUUGUGAAAAAAUUUAAAAAAAAAAACAAAUCUGAAGAGAAACACCCCUCAUUGUGUGCAUCCGGGUAGGAAGUUAAGUCUGCAAUUUUUCUAUUCCAGUUUCUCAGACUUUUUGAGAAGUUCCGAAAUGAAUACCUAGAAAAUGAUACAAAGUUCUGAGUAUGUAUUUCACAACGUAGAUCGAAGGUACAAGUCAAGAGUCACCGACGCAUAUAACAUAUCUUUUUGUAGGCACCCAUAACAAAGCUAUGCUCGGAAUUUUUGAAAUUGGUCAGAUUUCUCCUCAAUCAGUGUGAAAGUUUACAUAAGAAGCCGAAAAACGCAAGAAAUACUAAUUUAUAAAUUUCCGUAAGAAGCCUUUCUGAAAGAGAAUCAAAGGGUCUGGAAGGAUUCGGUUAGAUAUAUUUGAAGCGUAGAGAAUACUUGAAAAGACUACAAAAAUUGUAUAGAAAACAUCUGUAAAGAGAAAAUGUAGGAUCAGACGUGACGACGAAGUUGCUUCUGAAGGAAGGCGCCGACCGUGACGCCCGCAAUUCGUACCAACAGACGCCUCUGGCCGUCGCUGUCGAAGCCGGCAAACUGGAGGUCGUUCAGAGACUCAUCCUCAACCACGCCACCGUCGAGAGCGACAGCGAGAUCAAGUUGGUUGAAAGCAGGAUAAAACAUUGAAAAGAGAGGAAUUCGAAAAAUAUUGAAGCUCUUUUUAUUCUGAAGCUGUAUUCGAGAAAAUGGGAUUGCGUUUACAUUUACCUGAAAAUGGUAAAUGGCUCAAACUAGCUCUUUGGAAGUCAAAAUUAACGUUUGCGUUUACAAAACCUUUUAUUAGAAACUUACACACAUGGUUAUUUUUCAUAUUAAUUUCCGAUAGUGACCCAUUCUCCAUUUCUUGGUAAACCGUUUACCAUUUCCUGCAUACGGAUAUAAGUAUUUCAACGAUAGCCAAAUACAAAGUAUUUCGAUGGAUUAGAGGUUUCUUCAAAACCUGAUUUCAAUGAAGUCAACGAACCAAACGUUAUUGACCUACCUGUGAACGAAGUUUUCGACAGAACUGUUCUUCACCUAGCCGCGGAACGUGGAUUCCACACAAUCGUGCAGGAGUUGCUGCAGCAUGGUAGGGCUCAGAUCGACCGUAGAGACGAAAAAGGACGCACGGCUCUUGAAAUUGCCAUUCAGGAGGGUCAUCGGUCCGUUUUUUCUGUUUUCCCUGUGAAGCUUCCUCUACAGAGAUGUCGCGCGAGUCUUGGUCGACUCGAACGACUGGCCGUCGUUGUUCGUACCCAACGACUUGCUUCCGUUGGGUCGACACAAGGACGUUCGUCAUACGCCGCUCCGUCGGCUCAUCGACAAGUUCCCUGACAUUGCAGCCAUCGUGCUCGACAAAUGUCUGGAGUGAGAUUGCCGAUCCCAAAGGAUCAGAGGACAUUUUCCUUCAGAAUGUCUUCGCCCGACUCCCACGAGUACAUGUUUGCCAUCGCGUACAAUUUCGAGCUGCUCGACGACACCUACAUGAUGCCGGACGAUAAAGGCACAAGCCUCGUCGGCUACAAGAAGCCCUUCGACGACGAGUUUCGGCUGAAGAAGGAGGCGCGCGCCUACACCGACGACUACGACGUCGUCUACAAGAACCAUCCGCUCAAAAUGAUGGCCAACGCCGAGAGGCUGUCCCUGCUCUCGCACCCUGUCUGCGUGGCGCUUCUGAAGCAUAAGUGGAACGCUCUUGGUCGCUACGUCUACUAUUUCGGUUGAUAACUACAACAGAAAUAAGAAGAGCCAUUGAAUUACAGCCCUGUCAAUAUACAUUCUUUUCAUCACAUUCCUCACAAUCUACGUCACUCACACGCCGGCUCCAUACAACGUCCCUCAUGACAGUUCGUUUUUGAAAUUAUACUCAGAAAUUCAAAUAAAAAAAAUGCUCCAUGGGACAUUUUAAUUUACAGAUCAGUUAAUUGAUCUUACUGAACGGUUUUCGGAGGAUUCAGCCUCGUGUCCAGAUAUAGUAAGUAGUGAUCCCGCCAAAUAUAGAAAAUUUGAACUGCUUUCAGCAAAUAAAUCAGCCUAACCCUGUUUUCAAAGUGACUGUGAUUGUUCUAGCUGCUGCCCAUAUAAUCAAAGAAGUUUGCAAAAAGGCUUUCGCGACCAGAUUGAAAUAUGAGGGUUUAAGGUUUUUCAAUUGUUUCAAAGACGAAUUUCCUAUGUGAACUGGGAGAACCUACUGGAAUGCUUUAUCUAUUCGUCAGCCAUUGUGACAGUCCUGGACUUUACCGAAUGUUCAGCAAGUUCUGGCAUCAAAAUGGUAAGACUUCUUCUCCCUAUAAAUAUGAACUUCUUCAAAUUUGAAGCGAUGGCAAUGGCUUCUGGCUGCCGUGUGCACUUUCACCGCGUGGAUGAACCUCCUUCUCAUGAUCCGAAAGCUUCCCAGGUGUUUCAGGCUUCUCGUCUUGAAUAAAAAGAGUGGAUCAACUAAAGAUUCGGAAUUUAUGUCGUGAUGUUCUUUGACAUCGUCCGCACGUUCUCCCGCUUUUUCAUCAUUUUCUUGUUAUUCAUCGUCGCUUUCAGCACUUCUUUCUACGUGAUCAUGCAAAACAGGGUACGACGUUGCAGUUCCAAUACAUUUAUUUAUUCUGGUUUACAGCCAGAGUUCUCGACGAUGGGCUCAUCACUGCUUAAGACAACGGUAAUGAUGAUUGGAGAAUUUGAGUUCACGGCGAUUUUCCACGGCGAUGCGAUGUCGCAUUCCGAGAAACUUUUUGGCCACGCCGUCGCUUAUCCGCUCUUCUUCUUCUUCUGCGUCAUCAUGACGAUCCUUCUGAUGAAUUUGCUCGUCGGUCUCGCUGUAGAUGACAUCAAGUCCGUUCAGGAGAAGGCCGAGCUCAAGCGGCUAAUCAUGCAAGUGAGGAAAGAACAAAAAGACUUACAAUAAUACUUUGUCUUUACUUGUUGAGCUUUUCAAAUAAUUAAGUAAUCUCAGGUAGACCUGGUUCUGCAAGUGGAGGCGAGCAUGCCCUACAUCCGGCGGAUAGUUACGCGGUCACGUUACUCUUUUUUCCCCAACCAACACGGCCUGAUGAAAAGGAUCCGCAACCGGUUUGGCUUCGAUUCUUCCAGCGAGAUGCUCCUCAGCGAGGUCACUAGCUCAGAAACAGUUUGUCUUUGUCGUUACUUCAUAUCAUAAGAGUUUGGCAGGAAUUUGCGACGCUCAUGAGAACGAGUCUGCUGCUGCAGAAGGCUCAGCUUCAGACGCUACAGGAAAACGUCGACGUCAUGUACGAGAAGCAGGUGAAGCUGGAGUCGAUGCUCAAAAGACUCGCCAAAGGACUCAACGUCGAGCUCGCCGAGGAGGAGGACGUUUCCUAG